GUUGGACUUGGUAUAUUUAGCUUACAACACGUUUUCACUACGAGUUUGUUUUUAAUAUUCAAAGAUAUACGCGAGUAUUUGGCUAAUUUGAUGAUUUUUCGACUAAGUGCAAGUGUGACUUGUCUAUGUUUAUGAAAUAUUUUAGGUUUUUUCAUGAGUGUAAUGUGUUUGUAGAUUGUUAUUGUUUAUAUUAUCUUUUGAAGCUACAACCAUGCCGUCUCCAACCCCUCGUCUCGUCACCACUGAGGAGGUGACUCCUGAGGGUCUGGCGUUGUGGCUGGACCUGCCCGAGGAGCUGAGGAACGAUGGGGACCUGGCGGCGUUCAGGACCGCGCAUGAGAUGGCAGAGUCCAAGAAAAAUACCAAAGCUCAGACCUUUGAAGGCUCAGAAACAUUACCGUACAUAGACGGAGACCUAGAUGAGCUAGAUCUAGACGGUGAGGCCCGCCCCCUGCGCAGAGGAGAAUGCAUUGAAAUGAUGGGAAAUCGGAGUAGACCGGAUUGUGAUAUUUAUACAGAAACAAAACUUGGGAGUACCGUACGCAAAAAAGAUUCUUUGUUUGAAAGAGCGCUGCAGUACACAAAGAUCACAUUCCUGAUGGCUUGUUGGGGGUUCUUCACGACUGUUCUCAUACUGUAUAGUGAAAAAGAAUUGGUCGAGAGGCACACUUCAUUGCAUGCCGGCGAGAUUAAAUCAUACGAAAUAAGCACAAAGGCUGAAGAUUUACGCGUGUGGGUGAACUUGGAUGGGCCAUUUUGGAGUGAACAGCUGCAGAGGAAAUACAAGUCUAACCUGACCAGUGAAGAUUCAGUGAUGGAGGUCUGGCUCGAGAGGCAACCGACAGAGAAGGACAACGAUACACAUAUGAGUGUGAUAGAUGCAGAGAAAUCAAAGCCAUGGCUAAUAAGUCUAUUAGAAAUCAAUGAAAUAGACUUCUCACAAGGAGAACCUAGAUCGAAAGUACUGCAAAUUCACGAGAAACCACCCAUACUUGGAAAUUCAGCAAAAGAGCACAAAUAUACGAUCAAAAUGAGACAUAACAGUAACGUUACAGUGCCGUUUACCGUCACUUAUACAAAGAAUCCGUUGGAUACUAAAACUGGGAUUAUUUAUGCUGCCAUCCUGCUUAUUGGUCUGUACGUGAUCAUCAUUUUUGAUCUAAUAAACCGCACAUUAGCAGCAAUAAUAACAUCGACGACUGCUCUAGCGGUGCUAGCUCUAGUCGGGGAGAGGCCCACCAUGUUGGAAAUCAUCAGUUGGAUGGACACAGAGACUCUACUGCUGCUGUUCUCUAUGAUGCUUCUGGUGACGUUGAUCGCUGAGACUGGGUUCUUCGAUUACUUGGCUAGGAAGGCUUUUGAGAAAACUAAAGGCGAAACCUGGCCAUUGAUCAACCUGUUAUACCUUCUUACGAUCGUUGUGUCUUUGUUCUUGGAUAACGUUACUACAGUGUUGCUACUAACACCGGCUACCAUAAGGCUAUGUGAAGUGACAAAUAUAAAUCCAGUGCCGAUACUGAUGGGUAUGGUGAUAUUCUGUAACGUAGGAGGCACCGCCACCCCUGUGGGAGACCCACCAAACAUCAUCAUUGCUACCAACCCUAUUGUACUGCAUGCGGGUAUAAACUUCACGAAUUUCACAUCACACAUGAUAAUUGGUGUAUUUCUUGUAUUCAUACAAACUUACCUACAGUUUCGAUUUAUGUACAGAGACGUGACUAAACUGAGAAUGGGAGAAAAACCUGAAGUACAAAAACUUCGCCACCAAGUUUCAGCGUGGAAGAAAGCGUUGUCAAGUUUAACAAACUACCGAACAGAGGAGAAGGUAGUGAGGCGAGUUGUUGAGAAUAAGCUGCAGAUUUUAGAACAGGAGAUCAAAGAACAGAAUAAAUGCCAGAAUUUAGCGUUGCCAAAAGAGACAUUUGAGAAAACUUUGGAAGAAUUGAGGGAAAAGUACACGAUAAAAGAUAAAACUUUGUUAAUACAAACGUUGGCGGCCAUAACGUUUAUAGUUAUAGUGUUUUUUCUACAUUCCCUUCCACAAAUGCAAAGUUUAUCCCUAGGAUGGAGUGCAUUACUUGGGACCACAAUGCUUCUUGUUUUAGCAGAUAAAGAUGAUCUCCAACCAAUUUUGAGCAAAGUUGAAUGGUCCACUUUGUUAUUUUUUGCUGCUCUAUUCAUCUUUAUGGAGGCGAUCACAAAAUUGGGAUUAAUUCAAUGGAUCGGAGGUUUGACCGAGGAACUAAUACUCACAGUUGACGAGAAGUACCAACUACCAGUAGCUAUUUUACUCGUUUUAUGGGUGUCAGGAAUAACAUCGGCCUUCGUCGAUAACAUUCCCCUAACUUCGAUGAUGGUACGAGUGGUGACGUCAUUAGGGACGAAUCCUAAUUUGGCACUGCCGAUGGCGCCGCUCAUCUGGGCUUUGUCUUUUGGAGCUUGUAUGGGAGGCAACGGCACUUUAGUGGGAGCCAGUGCUAACGUGAUAUGCGCUGGGUUGGCUGAGCAACAUAACUAUAAGUUCACUUUCAAAGAGUUCUUCAGGAUAGGAGCUCCGAUGACCAUCGGGCAUCUGGUCACAGUGUCUGCGUAUCUUCUGAUAUGCCAUUGUGUUUUCACUUGGCACUAAAAUUGUUAAGUGCAUAAUAAUU